AUGGAGGGACAGUCCGCCCAUCUCCGCCAGUCCUCCGCCGGCUCCGCCGAGCUCCAACCUGGCGCCAUUCCCCUCGUCGACAUCUCCCGCACCCCCUCGCCCUACCCUCGCGCCCGCAGCGCCGCCCAGUCCGAGGAUGAGGACGACGACUACGAGCCAUUGUCCCUCGUCAGGCCGCUUGUCGCUUCGGACAUCGCGAGCGGCGGCCAUGCGCGCUCCUGGCGCGGCAUCCUGGCCAAUGGCGGCCUCGGCAACUUCUUCUUCGGCACCUGGACGGGCUGGCAGGUCUAUGUCGGUCUGCUGCUCUUCUGGGUUUCUGGCUGCGCCUUCGGUCUGCUCUUGAUGAACCGCUUUAUUUUGCUGACUGGUGUAUACAAAUUCCCAUAUCCGCUUACUAUGACAUGGAUACAAUUGAUUUUGGCACACAUCCUUCUCAUUUGGUUCUCCAGCCUCACGCGCCUGCUCGCCCGGCCUCUUCAGAGGCUGGGGCUCGGCGCAGCCGUAGCUCCCUCCACGCCCCUCUCAGCUGGAUCGCCUGGGUCUCGGGGUGCCGCGAGAACGACGGGGCUUCUUGCCAGUAUCCUACGCCGGUUGCCUGGCGGCAGCGCUGGCAUAGCUGGUGGUGGCGUCUUCGAGUUUGAGUGGCGUGUGGCCCGCCAGGCACUUCUUCUGGCUAUCGUGUACCUGGCGAAAGUGGUCUUGAGCAAUAUAUCUUUCGCUUACUCGGCACAAGAAACGUACAGCUUGGCCCGAAUUGGUGUGGUGCCGCUGUCCCUGAUCCUUGCCUCGACUUCUUCGCGGUCGGCGCUCUCUGCCAACUCGGUUUCCACUAUGUCGUCUGCUCUCACGGCAGCUUUCAGUUUGCUCGUUGCCUGUAUCCGCCCAGGCGGGCGUGUUACAUCGGAGAGUAUCGUAGCUGGCGUCUUUUCGUCCUUUUUCGUCGCCAUUUAUCCGGUCCUGCUUCUGCGCACUUAUCGUGCCAUUGUCGCCGAUAUGGUGCCGCAAGGCGACGUCUUAACUGGUUUUCCCUCUGCUGCCGGAGCUGAUGAGCCUCUAUCAGGAAGCCGAGAGGAGACGCGCGCCUAUUGGCGUACGCUUCAUUACACGUCGUCCCUGACGCUCAUAAUGUUGACUCCAAUGGUCCUCAUUUGCGGUGAACUUCCCAACAUUCAUCACAACUGCUACUUCCUAGACGUUCCAUUUUUCUGGUUCCUAACCGUGUGCGGAGGUAUUGGGGCAUGGGCCGUCUUUUCCAGCACGCUAUUGUUGACGAAGGCAACAAGCCCUCUUACUGUCAACUUCUUGAGCGUGCCAAGAGGAGCUUUUCAACUAAUUUGCCUGAACAAGCUUAAGAUGCCCGUACACAGCUGGUUGGGCAUAGGAUUUUGCUGGACCGCUAGUGCCUGGUUUCUGAUUGCGAGAAGGGAUGAAGGACGGACCUUGGAUCGCAUGAGACUAGAGGGGCGUUAGACAUGAAAGUAAACGCUUCGUUGGGAGCGUGUAACGUCCGUCACCGUUAACCGAGAUUCACCGUGAAGCGAGAUGGUGAUACUUGUGGAGUAGAAGAAGAGACCCAGCUAAGAUAUCUAGAGUCCAUAUAUACUCUAAGACCUUUUCAUCUAUGCCUAGAACUCG